UAGGCCAGAUUAGGCAUGAGCUAGACGUUUCACGAGCUCGGCCCCUCUUGGAAUCCCGUCUAGAACCAUCUCCUGGCGCACGUGUAUUAGAUGCAUUGGCGCAAAUGUUGGAUCCUCCCACUAGACAGCAACAAAACUAUGGCCCGAAUCAUGAAAAUCAAAAUGGUAAUCGUCGAGCCUGGAUAUUACUCCAAUUCAUAGGCCCUGAUCAACCAUCCGAACCCACUCCUCCUUCAGAGAGUAUGCAACAAAACUAUUCUCCUGAUCAGGGAAUGACUGAGCUCAUUCAAGAAUUGACUCAGAACGACCGGCCUGGCCCUCCUCCGGCCCCUGAAUCAGCCAUUGAGGGCUUGCCAGUGGUUGAGUUGAGUUCUGAAUAUCUGAAAAAUGACUCUUGUUGUCCUAUUUGUAAGGAUGAAUUUGAGGUUGGGGCUCGAGCCAGGGAGCUUCCUUGCAAGCAUUUAUAUCAUUCUGAGUGCAUUGUCCCAUGGCUACACAUCCACAACACUUGCCCAGUUUGUCGCCAAGAGGUACAAGAAUCGUCUGACAACAACAACAACUUCCAAGGUUAUUACAGGGCACAAGAAGGCAACACAGAUCCUGAAAACUGGAGCUGGAUGGAUCUCUUCUCAUUGAGGCCCUUCAGUUUGGUGGCAAGUUGGGCACAACUCUGUCUUGAUUUUCUUGAUGAUGCAUUUAACAACGUUUCCCGUGGAGGUAGCUCACGGUGGCGAUAACGGGGCACACUUUAAGCCUAUUUCUUGCAACUAACAAGGUAAUAUCAUUUCAAGAACGAGGGACUUUUACCCAAUAUAAGGGUUCAGGUGCAAUUUGACAACUGAGAUCAUCAUAUUCUGGAGAACAACUUGAACUGAGAUAACUGGAAGCUGUCUGAAACUAAUAAAGCUAAGCAUCAAAUGUUUUUGCAAGGGACAAGGCUUAACUAACUGUUAAUAAUGCAAGAUUUGCCUUUUGUUUCCAAGUUUGAACCAAACGGCUGAGCUGCAAUCUUCACAAGUAAAUUUGUUCGGGCACCGAUGAUGAAACGUGGAUUUGGAUUAGAAAAUUCAACACGAGAAUAUACGAUUGCGUCUACGAUGUAGAACUUAUAAAUAGGAUUAAUUAAAUUUCGAUUUACGUGUAUAUAUAAAUGGGACAUAUUAUUUUCCUUUUCAAUUUUUA